AGUGUCAAACAGAGGGAUGUGAAAAUGACCGAAAAGUCUCCAGAUGAACUUAGCAAUAGUCGCCCGCAGCGGCAGUUUGGAUAGUUUAACCACCGGAGCCGCUGCUGUAGAGUUAGAAGUUAGAGACUAACCGUUUUUCUUCAGUUUAGCGGAGGAAAAUCUUUAGAACUCACUUUUGAACGCGCGACAUUGACCAUCGAGCUAACUUAGUUAGCGACAGUUGAGCUAACCGGAGUCGGUAAAGUAGUCAAACUGAACGGUAGUAUGGUGACAGCUGAGCUCACUUUAACAUGUAACUAACGCGAGCUGGCACUGUAAACGUUAGAUAGACAUUUAGGUUAGUUUUGUCGUUCGUCUUUCAUUGACUGAGCGUUUCGGGACGCUAUCCAGCCCCCCCGGUUAGCUUGCAGCAGGACUGAGAGCGUUAUCGACCGGAGAGGAAGAUGUCUCGGAGGCGGCUGGACAGUCGUAGCGGACUGGCUGCCGGGCUGCUCAGCGACAUCCAGACCUCGAUCUGCACGGAGCCCAUGGAGAGUGUGUAUGAAAUCACCGGAGAGCUCGGGAGGGGGAAGUUUGCUGUGGUCAAGCGCUGUGUGGAGAAGGCCACAGGGAAAGUGUUCGCUGCCAAGUUCCUCCGGAAGAGGAGGCGAGGUCGAGACUGCAGGGCUGAAGUCAUUCACGAGAUGGCCGUGCUGGAGACGGCCCGUAACAACGCCCGAGUGGUCAACCUGCACGCUGCCUAUGAGACAGAUCACGACAUUGUCUUACUGCUGGAAUAUGCCGCCGGUGGAGAGAUAUUUGACCACUGUGUGUCUGAAGAGCUGCUUCCAGAGGCCCAGAUCACCCGUCUGAUGAGGCAGACACUGGAGGGGAUCCACCACCUCCACCAGAGCAACCUGGUGCACUUAGACCUGAAGCCACAGAACAUUCUCCUGACCAGCCUGUCUCCUCCAGGAGACAUUAAAAUCGUCGACUUUGGCUUGGCACGUAGACUGGGUGCGGUUGGAGAGCUCAGAGAGAUUCUUGGCACACCUGAAUAUGUGGCUCCUGAGAUCCUGAAUUAUGAGCCAAUCACAACAGCAACUGACCUGUGGAGCGUUGGGGUUAUAGCGUACAUGCUUGUGACGGGCGAGUCUCCGUUUGCCGGGGACGACAAACAGGAGACGUAUCUGAACGUGUCCCAGGUCAACGUGGACUACAGCAGGGAGGCCUUCUCCAGGGUGUCGGAGCUGGCUGUGGACUUCAUCCGUAAGCUGCUGGUCAAAACUCCAGAGGACCGGCCCAGCGCUGCAGAGUGCAUGAGCCACCCCUGGCUGUGGCAGCUCUGUCUGAGCCCCGAACCCACGACCCCGCGCACCGUCCGUGAAAGGAGCUGCGGCACCAAGUGGGCGGCCCCACCCGAGGACCCUGAGGACAAGGAGAACUUCCUGGAGUCGCCUCACUCUCACGCGAAGAAGUUCCGCUUCGAUGAGGAAACGCCAGCAGACGGUGACUUUUGAAUAUUGGGGUAGGAAUUGAAGGGAGCUUUUUAAAAAUAUUUUAAGCCUCUAGAAAAUCUGCUGCCCACCACUCAGAAGUACUUAGAUUAUGUUUCUAUUCCACUAAUCUGCAGAAUUCCAAGAUGGCCUACUCAGACCAAAGAUAACCAGCUACAUUUUUUGAGAUCCAUCGCUGUUAAAAAGUGUGAAAAUUGUACAGUAUGUCUCAGUUAAUGCAGUGUGUGUUUAACCUGAAGUAUUUAAUACCUUGUUAAAGUCUCUGGUAAUUCCAAAGGGCUUCAUAAGCCCACUCUUUCUGUACUGAUGACGGCUAGUGUGGAGUAUCUCUAGGGAAAUCUAUGCAAUUCUCUGGUGCAGUUUAAAUCUAUUUUCUCACGAAACCUUAAAGAAGUUCAGAGCGCUCUGCUUAAGGUUAAGCGUUGAGUGUUGUGCUUCAGCAGAAAUGUGUGAUAUGGAGAUAAGCACGUCUGCAAUGAGGAAGUGUGCUAAUUAUUUGCAUGUUUAAGAGUAUUCAGGACAGCUGAUAGGCAGCUUUUGGGGAAACGUUUUGUCUCAGAUGUAGGACUCUGUGUUCAUGUCAGUUAGUCAGAAUUUCAUUGUAAGUAGGCUUGGGCGGUAUCUAAUUUUUCAUACCUUCCUGACACUUCACUGGGGUAUACGGUAUAUGACGGUAUAAGUCUAUGCCUCCAUCAGAUGGCUAAUGCGCUGCAUACACAAUAGAUACCCAAAAAAUGUUAAGAAAAGUAAUAUUCUCACCCUUCUUUUCCUAAUUAACAGAGAAAUUCAACCGCACAGCUUUUGAAUUCAACUUCCUCUCGGUCACAGAUGACUGAUUAGUCUUAAUUGCCUCAUGAACUCAUCAUAAAACACAUUCAAACAGUCCUGGUUACUCUUGCUAGUAAUCUGGUAAGUAAGUCCACUGUUCCAAC